CGUGCUUAACAUUUUUUGAACAUCCAACAAUAAACAGAGCCAGAGUCAGGCGAAGAAAGACAGAAACCUCGCGCAAUGGGCACCAAAAUCGAGUACGUCGAUACGACGCACCUAUACGCUUCCAAAUACAUUCGCAACUCGAAGGCAAUUGGCGUGCUGUGGGCGAUCUUCACCAUUUGCUAUGCGAUCAUAGGCAUUGUGGCCUUUGUCACGCCAGAGUGGAUUGGCGAUCCGGAUAGCGACAGUGCCGGCCGUCUGGGCCUCUGGCAGCAGUGCCAACGCGACGAGAUCUUCGACAACUGCCGUCGUCGCUGGGAGAACAUAUUUGCAGUGCCCACGUUUUCGUUUCAGUUGGCCACAUUCUUCAUGAUCGCGGCUGUUGGGCUGGCCUUGCUGACGAUAUUCUUUUUGGUUUGUUUGCUGUUCAUGAAGUCGACGCGCGUCUUUCACAUAUGCGGCUGGAUGCAAAUAAUAUCAGCGCUCUGCAUGAUUGUGGCCUGCGCUGCGUUUCCCUUUGGCUGGAAUUCGGAUGAUUUCCGCAAGAUCUGUGGCCCGGAGGCGAACCGAUUCGAGUUGGGCCUCUGCAGCAUACGCUGGGCCUAUCCGUUGGCCAUCAUUGGCUGUGUGGACGGCGUAGUUCUGGCCACAUUGGCGUUCAUAUUGGCUACGCGACAUGUGCGCCUGCAGCCGGAUCCCAUCUAUCAGAAUUCUCUGUACAAAGGUGAAAUCAAUAAUGCGUAUUUGACGGACGCUAUUAGCUUGGCGGGCUCUCGCAAGUCGAAUCCACAUAUCACGGGCCUCAAUUUGCAGCCCAUUUUGCUGGUGGCGCCGCCUAAUGAGGACAGCAUCUCACAGUUCUCCCGCUAUCACUGAGAAACGCUCAGUUUUCUUGCCACCGCAGAUUCAAAUUUUUAACAGGAAGUCAACCGUUUAGGUUGUUGCACUGGAAAAGUCGAAAAUAACCGUUUAUCAUGUGCACAAACCUUGACGCAGUGACUGUAGAAAGCUGGGCUGUACGAAACGUUAACCGGUUUGCACUGCUUACCUUUAGUGGGGAACCAAACCUGGGGAGAGAAGCGCUGUCAAGUGUUCGCAAGCCAAGCAAAACUAUACAGCUGGAACUGCUUACACUUAGCAUAUAUACAAACCACUAGCUGGGCACUUCGCUAGGAGUUCGCUUCGUUAAGAUUUGAAUUUGCUUUUUGGCUGUUACAAUUUAAUAUGAUAUCUUGGUAAUAUAAUGCGUGUGUGUGCUGUGUGCCUGUGUGUGAGACUGACUGACUGAGUGUUUAGCCUCAACUUAAGUUUAAACUAAUUUAAAUGUAUUUGUGUAUAGAUUGUGCCUAACUUGAUACGUUUACUCUAUAGAUUACGAUCGCUGCCUGUAAAUUAUAUGCCCGUAAAUAUAAAUAUAAUGUACAAAAAUA